UCUAGUUCUAUAUAUCACAUCUUUCUAGUUCUAUGUUUCAUAUCUUUCUAGUUCUAUGUUUCAUAUCUUUCUAGUUGUAUGUAUAUUUCGUUUUACCAGUGACACCAAUGUGUUGAUCUAGUAUUUUAUUUUGAAGUGAUGUUUCUUUGUCUUGCUGUGACAAGGUACUCACCACAUCCUGGUUCUGUCAUCACAACACGCCACAUUCACAGAGUUGAACCUAUUUCCUGUACAUCUCUCUGACACACACACACCUUUUCUCUACAUACUCUCUCACACACACAUUCUCUCUCUACACACACUUUCUCCAUCUCACUCUCUCUACGUACACACUUCCUGUCUGCUAAAUAACAGUGUCAAGAAUAUCAUCUAUCAUGGUGGGCUACUGUCCCAUCUGUGGGAAACCCGUCUACUUUGGUGAGAAGAAGAGGUCAUUGGGGCGGGACUACCACCCUCUGUGUCUGAAGUGUCAACAGUGUCAGAGACAGUUGACCCCAGGACAACAUGCUGAGCAUGAUGAGAAACCCUACUGCUCGAACUGUUACAUGAAGACGUUUGGUCCCAGAGCAGGUAACAGGAGACUGAUGUAAAACUGUCACAGCUCAGCCUCCUCUUCCUAGGAACCAAUCUAACCAACCAAAAUACAACCUAAUGAGAACUAACAGGCUAUCAACAAGGAUCUAUGUUCAACAAAACUGACAUUCAGCCAACAAGCCAACGACCAACCAACUAGACCCAACAUUCAGCCAACCAACCUUUGACCAAUCAAGAAACACUCUGAAAGUCCCCCUCUUUCAGUCAAUCAUAAAACAACUACCUGGACCACAACGUUGUGUUCAAUGGAGACAACGGUUGUUCUUCAAUAAAACAGAAGCUUCUACAGUC